AUGGCAUCUGUCUCCUCAAAGAUAUUCGCUAUUACAGGCGGCGCGUCCGGAAUUGGGGCAGCAACAUGCCGUCUACUUGCGAAGAGAGGAGCAGCUACUCUCUGUGUUGGAGACCUCUGCAGUGAAAACAUGAAACAACUGGAGAAUGAUAUUAAAGAAAUCAACCCAAACACAAAGGUACAUUGCACAGUCUUAGAUGUAUCAUCCUCCUCAAAUGUGGAUGAAUGGAUAAAAGACAUCAUUACCACGUUUGGAGACCUUCAUGGAGCAGCCAACAUUGCAGGCAUUGCUCAAGGUGCCGGCUUGCGGCAGGCUCCUACCAUCCUGGAAGAGGACGAUCAGCAAUGGAAGAAGGUAUUCCAGGUAAACCUGGACGGUGUUCUUUAUUCCACCCGAGCUCAAGUCCGGGCUAUGAAGGAAUCUUCAUCGACAAACCCUGGAGACCGAAGCAUUGUCAAUGUGGCCAGUAUAGCAUCGAUGUCUCACAUGCCUGAUGUCUUUGCCUACGGGACUUCGAAAGCAGGAUGUGCCUAUUUCACUACCUGUGUUUCACAGGACGUGAUGCCAUUUGGAAUACGAGCUAAUACCGUUUCCCCUGAGGAGGUUGAAGAGACAUACAAGAAAGAGGGCUUCUCUGUUAUUGAAGCCGAUGACGUUGCCCGGACUAUCGUGUGGCUGUUGAGUGAAGACUCCCGUCCCGUCUUCGGAGCGAAUAUCAAUGUUGGCGCCUGUAUGCCUUGA